CGCUUUGUGGUUACCAAGGGAACGCGAGCCUGAGAAGUUGACCAGCUAAAUGAACACCGGAGAUAUACCGUUAUUUUUGUAAUUUACAGGUAAACAGACCAGCGUGCAACAUUUUCGCAUAUGAAGGAAGUAAUGUAGAGUCAUAUAAACUCAUGUGGCAUUACCGUCCAUUCACUUCAAGGUGUGUUUGUCAGAGAAGCCGAUUAGUAAUAUUCUGUAAAAAAUGCCGUCACCACAAGUCCUCCAGCCGGUUCUUAAAAUGAAGGUGGACGAGCUCUUUCUCAACUGGUUGAGUGAUCCUGCAACCCAGUUACUGCUCAAAGAUUAUCUUGACCUAAUCAAAAGUGGACAACACAAGGAUUUGAGCAGUGGGGACGCCCAGGAAAAAAGGUUGUUGACCUUCAAUGAGAACAACAAUGUGGCAUCCCAGAAGAACCUGGCAGAGAAGAAGCCUGCUUCCUUAAGUACUCCCUCCAGCCCCCCAUCUGCCAGUACCCUGCCUUCUGGCAGUAGCAGUAAUACUAGACUGACCGGACCCAAUGGCAGAGUACUACGGAGGUCUGUCAGCACAAAAAAGGCUCAGGUGAGGACGCAGGAGCCCGUCACCACAGCGUUGAGUGAAAGCAUUCCAAAGUUUUACUUCCCACUGGGACGGCCGCAAGCCAACCUCAACAUCGACAGCCUCAUUUCCAAAAUUGAGAAAAUAUUUUCCCAAUUCCCAAAUGAAAGGGCCACCAUUGAGGACAUGGGGCAGGUUGCCAAGGCCUGUGAGUGUCCCCUCUACUGGAAAAUGCCAUUGUUCUGCUCGGCUGGAGGCGACAGGACCGGCUUCGUGUCUGUUCACAAGUUUGUGGCUAUGUGGAGAAAAACUCUGCAGACCUGUCACGAUGACGCUUCUAAAUUUGUGCACCUCUUGGCCAAGCCUGGCUGUAAUUACCUGGAACAAGACGACUUUAUUCCAUUCCUGCAGGAUGUGGUGAACACACACGCAGGCCUGGCCUUUCUAAAGGAGGCACCGGACUUCCACUCACGAUACAUCACCACGGUGAUUCAGAGGAUAUUCUACAAUGUGAAUCGGUCAUGGACUGGAAAAAUAACAACUUCUGAGCUCAGAAAAAGUAACUUUCUUCAGAAUGUGGCGUUGCUGGAGCAGGAAGAGGACGUGAACCAGUUGACAGAGUUCUUCUCCUAUGAACAUUUCUAUGUUAUCUACUGCAAGUUCUGGGAGCUGGACACUGACCAUGACCUCUACAUAGACCAGAAGGAUCUGGCACAGCACAGUGACCAAGCACUCUCCCAUAAGAUGAUUGAGAGAAUAUUCUCAGGAACAGUAACAAGAGACAGACGGGUGUAUAAGGAAGGGCGUCUGAGUUAUGCUGAUUUUGUCUGGUUCCUCAUCUCUGAGGAGGACAAGAAGACUGACACCAGUAUAGAGUACUGGUUCCGCUGUAUGGACAUGGAUGGGGAUGGCGUGCUCAGCAUGUACGAGCUGGAGUACUUCUAUGAGGAGCAGUGCCAGAAGCUGGAGGCCAUGGCUAUUGAGCCCCUUCCCUUCGAGGACUGCCUCUGUCAAAUGCUGGAUCUUGUCAAGCCUGAGGUCGAAGGUAAGAUCACUCUGCGGGACCUUAAAAGGUGCAAGUUGUCCCACAUCUUCUUCGACACUUUUUUCAACAUAGAGAAAUACCUGGACCACGAGCAGAGGGACCCAUUCUCUGUUAUAAGGGAGGUGGAGACAGACGGCCAGGAGGUAUCAGACUGGGAGAAAUAUGCUGCAGAAGAGUACGACAUUCUAGUGGCUGAGGAGGCUGCCAACGAUCCGUGCAACGAAGUGUAUGAUAAUCCUUUGAGCCCUAUAGGGCAGCACAUCUCCAGUGACCUGGGUCUAACAAAGAGACACUUCUUUGAGAUCCCCAGUCCACACUGCAACCUGGACCUGGAUGAAUAUGAAUAUGAAGAUGACUUUGAAUGACCCUCGGCCCUGUAGCGUUUUCUCACAAGCAUGCUGAGCACCAUGGCUAACACAGAGCGCAACCAGCAGUGUUAGUGGAUGAAUCGCAUCAAGCCAGAGAUUUACAGGUUCAGGCCCAGUACUCGUCUCGCGUAACAGGAAACACGUCAAUAAACAGGGAGUGAAAACAAAACCAGAGGACACUGUCGGAGCACGGGUGGGUUCAGAUGUGUUGGAGGAAUUGACACAGUAUCACAUGUUUGACCAGGAAAUGUGAAGCAGUCUGAGUAGAAGGAGGUUCUUCACAUUACUACUAUACUAGAUGUUUUAAUAUUUUCACCAGCCGCACUUAAAGAAGUCAUUACAACUGACUUCAUGAUGUCACAGGCAACAAAUUUAGACCUUUGCUCCAUUCCCACAUGAUAACACAUCCAUUUGCAUGUAAUGCUUUGUACAAAUAAUGUUUGGGGCAAGUGUUAUUUCAUCUUAACAUCAGUACUGUGUAGUCACAUGAGCUAAAUCCCAUUCAUUACACACUGGAGCUCCCUGGAUUUGUUGGACAGAAACUACGUUGAUUAGAUUCAGGUUUUGAACUAAUUAUCAUCUGAAGUCAUUGGCUAAUGUUACAUUCCAGUGAUCAUAACAGAAGGUUUUCUAUACAACUGUAAAUUCAUUAAUUUAUGUUUGUUGAAAUAAGAAGUUACCGUAAAUGCCAAAUCAGCCACCAUUGAGCCUGCUGUGUACACACACACACACACACACACACAUACACACAGAGUUCAGACUGCCACACACACUGUAUAUUGUACAGACCUGUAUUCAUUAUGACAUAGAUUUACUGUAUGUGUGAGUUGGGGUUAUAAAUUAUUAGAGAUGAAUUUAUAAAUAUCUGUAAAUAUUUAUUCUGUGCUUGCUGUGUUGUAAAUGAUUGGGGAACGUGUUUUAGAAUGUGUUAUUUUCUAUGUUAUAAAGUACUUAAUUUGAAUGUGCUUUGACAGAACAAAAGGAACCAAUUUUAAAAAUGUUUUGCUUUUCUUUAAAUUAAUAAAGCCUUGGAAGAGUAAAGAGAA